AGGUAGCAGAGAAAUCCAGGUACUCAGUUGACUGGGACCUUUUGCCACAAUGGGGGAACUUUUCCGGAGUGAGGAGAUGACUCUGGCCCAGCUUUUUCUACAGUCAGAAGCUGCUUAUUGUUGUGUCAGUGAACUAGGAGAACUUGGAAAGGUUCAGUUUCGUGAUUUAAAUCCAGACGUAAAUGUUUUCCAGCGGAAAUUUGUGAAUGAAGUUAGACGAUGUGAAGAAAUGGAUCGAAAGCUUCGAUUUGUUGAAAAGGAGAUAAGAAAAGCUAACAUUCCAAUUAUGGACACUGGUGAAAACCCAGAGGUGCCCUUCCCACGGGACAUGAUUGACUUAGAGGCUAAUUUUGAGAAGAUUGAAAAUGAACUGAAAGAAAUCAACACAAACCAGGAAGCUCUGAAGAGAAACUUCCUGGAGCUGACUGAAUUAAAAUUUAUACUUCGCAAAACUCAGCAGUUUUUUGAUGAGGCUGAAUUGCAUCAUCAGCAGAUGGCGGAUCCAGACCUGUUGGAAGAGUCAUCAUCCCUGUUGGAGCCUAAUGAGAUGGGAAGAGGCGCGCCUUUAAGACUUGGCUUCGUGGCUGGUGUGAUUAACCGGGAGCGCAUCCCUACUUUUGAGCGCAUGCUUUGGCGAGUGUGCAGGGGGAAUGUGUUUCUGCGACAGGCUGAAAUCGAGAACCCUCUCGAGGAUCCUGUGACUGGUGACCACGUGCACAAGUCUGUGUUUAUCAUCUUCUUCCAAGGCGAUCAGCUGAAAAACAGAGUCAAGAAAAUCUGUGAAGGGUUCCGAGCUUCACUCUAUCCCUGUCCUGAGACACCACAGGAGAGAAAGGAAAUGGCUUCCGGUGUAAACACCAGGAUUGAUGAUCUCCAAAUGGUUCUAAAUCAAACAGAGGAUCACCGCCAGCGGGUUCUGCAGGCAGCUGCCAAGAACAUUCGUGUCUGGUUCAUCAAGGUGCGGAAGAUGAAGGCCAUCUACCACACCCUGAAUCUAUGCAACAUAGAUGUGACCCAGAAGUGCCUGAUUGCAGAGGUCUGGUGCCCUGUCACUGACCUUGACUCCAUCCAGUUUGCACUCAGAAGGGGCACGGAACACAGUGGUUCCACUGUACCCUCCAUUUUGAACCGGAUGCAGACAAACCAGACUCCUCCAACUUAUAACAAAACCAACAAGUUUACAUGUGGCUUUCAGAACAUAGUAGAUGCUUAUGGAAUUGGAACUUACCGAGAGAUAAAUCCAGCACCAUAUACUAUUAUCACUUUCCCUUUUCUGUUUGCUGUGAUGUUUGGGGACUUUGGCCAUGGCAUUUUGAUGACCCUUUUUGCUGUGUGGAUGGUGUUAAGAGAGAGCCGAAUCCUUUCUCAGAAGAAUGAAAAUGAGAUGUUUAGCACUGUGUUCAGUGGGCGAUACAUUAUUCUAUUGAUGGGUGUGUUCUCCAUGUACACUGGCCUCAUCUACAAUGAUUGCUUUUCCAAGUCUCUUAAUAUCUUUGGGUCAUCCUGGAGUGUACGGCCAAUGUUUGAUCAUAAUUGGACGGAAGAAACACUUCGGGGGAACCCUGUUCUGCAACUGAACCCGGCUCUCCCUGGAGUGUUUGGUGGACCAUACCCUUUUGGCAUCGACCCAAUUUGGAACAUUGCUACCAAUAAACUGACCUUCCUCAACUCCUUUAAGAUGAAGAUGUCUGUUAUCCUUGGCAUCAUCCAUAUGAUGUUUGGAGUCAGCCUAAGCCUUAUCAACCAUAUUUAUUUCAAGAAACCCCUAAAUAUCUACUUUGGAUUUAUUCCUGAAAUAAUCUUCAUGACCUCCUUGUUUGGCUACUUGGUUAUCCUUAUUUUUUACAAGUGGACAGCCUAUAAUGCUCAUACGUCUGAGAAUGCACCAAGCCUUCUGAUCCAUUUCAUAAACAUGUUCCUCUUUUCCUACCCAGAGUCUAAUAAUUCAAUGCUAUAUUCUGGACAGAAAGGAAUUCAGUGUUUCCUGGUAGUGGUGGCGCUACUGUGUGUACCUUGGAUGCUAUUGUUUAAACCAUUGGUCCUUCGCCAUCAGUAUUUGAGGAGGAAACAUUUGGGAACUCUCAACUUUGGUGGGAUCAGGGUGGGCAACGGACCGACAGAGGAGGAUGCUGAGAUUAUUCAGCAUGACCAGCUCUCCACGCACUCAGAGGACGCAGAAGAGUUUGACUUUGGGGACACCAUGGUCCACCAGGCUAUCCACACCAUUGAGUACUGCCUGGGCUGCAUCUCUAACACUGCCUCCUACCUGCGGCUCUGGGCCCUCAGCCUGGCUCAUGCACAGCUAUCUGAGGUGCUUUGGACCAUGGUGAUCCAUAUCGGCCUGAGUGUGAAGAGCUUGGGAGGAGGUUUGGCACUUUUCUUCAUCUUCGCCGCCUUUGCCACCCUGACCGUGGCCAUCCUCCUGAUCAUGGAGGGCCUCUCAGCCUUCCUCCAUGCUCUGCGGUUACACUGGGUCGAGUUCCAGAAUAAAUUCUACAGUGGGACCGGUUUCAAGUUCCUGCCCUUCUCCUUCGAGCACAUUCGGGAAGGGAAGUUUGAGGAGUGAGCCCCUGCUAGGAUAUGUGCCCUGAGCCGCCCUCCUGCCUCCCUCCACAGUGACUGGUUGUGCUCCUUUGCCUGUUGGUUGUGAUCCCUGGGCACCAGGGCAUGUGCCACCUCUUUCUGUGAGUCAUUUAGCUAGAACCCACCCUCCAUAGGCCUCCCACCACCCCUGGCUCUGUGUGCAGUGUAGUGAUUUCUGGAAAGAAGCUGGGCACUGGCUGUCACUCAUACCAGCUGAGCACCAGUGUUGCCCUCCUGGCCUCCAGCCAGCUUCUCCAUCUCCUGCUGGUGAACUGUCUGUGGUUCACACAAAAGCUUACAGCCCUUUGGGCUCCCACACCUGUCAUGGAUAGAACGAGCAUCCAUGCCACCCACAUCUAGACUUUGGGUCUCCUGCACCUGUCACUGAAGGGAACACUCUUUAACAUGUCCUAUCCUCGGGUUAGCAGGGAUGGGUCCAGGAAAAUGAUCCUUUACCCACCCCCUUUGGGGCUUGUUAAUCAGGAAUUUAGCUUGAACCCAACUGGGCCAUCAUGAGUGGCUUCUGUCAUCCCCUAACCUUACACUCCCAUCCUCCCCCUCUUCCUGUGCGCACCCGCACAGCAUCACACAGCUGGGAGUGCUUCAAACAGAGGCCUGGACUGGCUCGUCAGCACACAGUGUUCCCUCCAUUGAAUUGGCCACUUCCCAGGCCUUGCAUGGACCCUGCCCUGGGCCGGAGUUCAGACUGAUGCUCUUUCCUGGUGGAGACCCCGAGAUCUUCCCUACCCCAAUCAUGAUGUCUUGAGUGUCAGGCUAUAGUCACCACAGCUGGUUCUGUCCAUAGCCUGCCUUGCUGUCCCUCUCAGUGCCCCCUCCCCACUUCCAAACUGACUCCAGGUCUCAGGAAGGGUGUCCUGGGCAGGGAAGGUCAGCAUCACAGUUGAUUUAUAUGGGAUGACUGCCAGUGCUUAUGGCUGUGAGGACUGCACAGCCCUGUCAAGGGGUCCCAUCCCCUGUCGACCCCCACACCGAGCUGUGGUCUUAGAGCCUUCUAAUCAUGUGUUGAGCAGCAACCUUGGCUGCCCUAGCUAAAUUCAUGCCCCUGCCCUCAGUGGUAGAGAUAAUCCCCUGAAUCAGCCAGACCCGUGCCCUCCUCCCACCCUGGCUUCUCUGUGUGAGCUGCUCAGAGCUGCCCACACAAGUCUCCCAGCUGGCCUGGCCCUGGGCAUAGGACACUCUGCCCUAUCUUCACUGUGUGCCGGCCUAUUGUGACCUGACCUGGCCCUAUGCAGAGUCCCCUCCCCUCUUGUCCUGCGUUUACAGGAUGAUCUUUGCUCUGUUUACAGUGGGGUUCAAAGCAGAGUUCUUUGUCAGGGAACCUGCCCAAGGCCCUUCUGUUCAGACAUUCCUGUGCUGAAUAAAGUAUGUUUGACUCUUC